AAUGACCGGUUCCCGCAGGCUUCCCAGGGUGUUCGCCGCGUAAAGUAGCCUUUUUACUUACGCGACCUGCAUUUCCACACGCACGGCAGCAGGUCCUCUCCUCUAAUCCUGAUAAGCCAGGCCUUGCGAUUCUUACUGCACCCGUUUCUUUGUCACCCAAUGUAUGGAAAACCCAACGAGAUCCAAACCCAACGCAGUACGUAUGGCGUGUAUUUACUCAAGGCAGUGUCGCUCUGUGCGGUGACGUUGUUUGCCGCUUCAGGUCUCAAAAAUUUCUACGGAUUAGAGUCGGUAAAACCUGUAGAGCCACCCGCGUGCCCCAUCCCUGGAUAGAUCCGGCCAGACAGCUUCUACCGAGACAACCGUACUUUGAUGAGCAUUAUGUACGACGCGGGGUUCCGCAACCAGUCCGCCGCCAAAUUAGCCGGCGCCGUCCGAAUCCAGACUCACGUGACCGACUCGGCUCCGUCGGUGGACCAAGACCCGGCGUACUGGCACGAGAAAUUCGCGCCUUUCCACGACUACUUGCAGGCGACGUUCCCGGAGUUGUGGCGGUUCUGCCAGGUGGAGAAGGUCAACAGCUGGGGCUUGGUGAUCACGUGGCCCGGGUCCGAUGCAGGGCUCCGGCCCCUAUUGCUAGGAGCACACCAAGACGUCGUCCCUAUUCAGGAGGCGUCUUUGGACCAGUGGACGUAUCCGCCUUUUGAAGGCGUUUAUGAUGGCACCCGGCUCUGGGGCCGCGGCUCGGCCGACUGCAAGAAUUUGCUUAUCGGCUUGUUGGAGGCGGCCGAGGCUCUACAUGCAGAAGGGUUCCGGCCCCGGCGGACGGUCGUUUUUGCCUUUGGCUUCGACGAGGAAAUCGGCGGCGACAACGGCGCUCGAAAUAUAGGCCUGUUUCUUCUUGCCAGAUAUGGCCCGGGUGGCUUCUACGCUGUUUUCGAUGAGGGUGGACAGAGCCUCGUGAAAAUGGGCGAUGUGGCGCUUGCUUUGAUUGGCACCUCGCAAAAGGGCUCCUUGAACUACGUGGUGAGCUUGAACACGCCCGGCGGCCAUUCCUCCGUUCCGCCGGACCACACGGCCAUUGGAAUUGUCUCCGAGCUUGUGACGCGUUUGGAAAAUGCGCCGUUUCUGCCCAUGUUCACGGCUCGCAACCCGACUUUUGCCCAGUACCAGUGUCUUGCGGCACACUCGGCGGAAAUGGAGCCGGGGCUAAAACGAGCCAUCCGACACCUGGACUCCUGUCCUCGGGCACGCCAGCUAGUGGCAGAAAAAAUCUACAACUCAGACUUGACCAGUCGGUACCUUGUCACGACUUCCCAGGCGGUAGACAUUAUUCACGGCGGGGUCAAAUCCAAUGCCCUACCGGAAUACGUAGAGGUGCUUGUCAACCACCGGAUCGCCGUGGAAAGCAGCGUGCAGGAGGUGCUUGAUCGGAACAUGGCGAUUGUGGGUGCGGUGGCGGACAGGUACGGGCUAGGCAUCGACGCCGGCGGCAGCGAAAUAGUGCCCCGCACCCAAAACGGCCAUUUCUCUAUUUCUUACAUGGACCUGCUUGAGCCUGCGCCUGCCACGCCGGUAUACGACGAGCACUGGGCACUUUUGGCUGGUACUUUGAGACACGUAUACGAGGAAGUAUGCGAGGGAACAAUGGCGGAAUUCGACGGCACGCCGAUCCUCCCCGUGCCUGGCAUGGCUCCUGGAAACACAGACUCCAAGCACUACUGGGAUCUCAGCAAGCACAUAUACAGGUACCGGCCCGGCUUGGUGCCGAAUGUGCAAGCACAUGCACACGGCGCAGACGAGCACAUUGUGUUUGACGCCCACUUGCAGAUCAUUGCAUUCUACUAUGAGUACAUACAGCUGGCCGACUGGGCUCGAGACUAGGAGAGGGCCAUGUCGACUUUGGACAUCAAGCU